GCGACGUCACGCGGCUACGUAUCUCCAGUAAGGUUAGAGGAAGUUAUUCUGGCGUUUUCUCUCUUUAGCACAAAAGACUCGGAGCCGGUAGAUCAACCCGCCCGGACCCGCAGAACCCCCGCCGAUUCCCCGCCGCUCCCGCGCUCUCAGCCCGCAGCAUGAUGGACGACGACCAGCCCAAGACCCUGUACGUGGGGAACCUCUCCCGGGACGUGACGGAGGCUCUUAUCUUGCAAGUUUUCACCCAGAUUGGCCCGUGCAAGAGCUGCAAAAUGAUCAUCGAUACGGCAGGAAAUGACCCGUACUGCUUCGUGGAGUUCUACGAGCAUAUGCACGCUGCCGCUGCGCUCGGUGCCAUGAACGGGAGGAAGAUCUUAGGAAAGGACAUGAAAGUCAACUGGGCUUCGAUGCCAAGCAGCCAGAAGAAAGACACAAGCAAUCACUUCCAUGUCUUCGUUGGUGACCUGAGUCCAGAAAUCUCCACAGAUGACGUCAAAGCUGCCUUUGCUCCCUUUGGGAAAAUUUCCGAUGCUCGUGUGGUGAAAGAUCUGGCUACCGGGAAGUCCAAAGGAUAUGGAUUUAUCUCCUUCAUUAACAAAUGGGAUGCAGAGAAUGCUAUUCAGCAGAUGAAUGGCCAGUGGCUUGGAGGACGGCAGAUCAGAACCAACUGGGCCACCAGGAAACCACCUGCACCCAAAUCCAACUAUGAGACAGGCAACACCAAGCAUCUCUCCUACGAGGAGGUUCUGAGCCAGUCCAGCCCCAGUAACUGCACAGUGUACUGUGGAGGCGUCACCUCUGGUCUCACAGAUCAGCUGAUGAGACAGACCUUCUCUCCAUUCGGCCAGAUCAUGGAGAUCAGGGUUUUCCCAGAUAAAGGAUACUCCUUUGUGAGGUUCGACUCCCACGAGGGUGCGGCUCAUGCCAUCGUGUCUGUGAAUGGGACGUGCAUCGAGGGCCACACAGUGAAGUGCUACUGGGGGAAGGAAACCGCGGAUAUGAGGGCCAUGCAGCAGAUGCCCAUGCCCCAGGUACAAGCAAAUAGUAACCCAGGCUAUGCCGCCCAGCCGUACGGCCAAUGGGGCCAAUCUUACGGCAACGGGCAGCAGAUGGGCCAGUAUGUGCCCAAUGGCUGGCAAAUGCCCACUUAUGGAGUCUACGGCCAGGCCUGGAACCAGCAGGGCUACAAGUAAGUACGACAAGGGCCCCCUCCUCCACCUCCUCCUUCGGCUCGGGCGCUACUCCUGCUCCAACUGCGGCAAAUUUCAAUUCCCAGCAGGACGUACCAUCACGCCGGUGAGGAGAGGGUGUGAAAGGACUCCAUUUAACCAGUGUACAAUAUAUUUGGAUCAUUAACCUGCCCUUGCUGCCCCCACCCCCCCUUUUCCUCCCAUUACCCUCCACCCAACCAACCAACUCCACCCAAAUCCCCCACUUUUCGUUUUUCUUUCUUCCUUUCUUCCUUCCCACCUCCCCAUUCCUCCUUUCUUAUAUCCUUUACCCCUCUCCUCAACAGUUCUAUGGACAGAUUUUUUAAAAAUGGUCUUUUUUUUUUUUUUUUUUUGAUGUCUUUGCCCCCCCAUGCCCUCCCUUUCACAAUGGACUAAAUAUUGGAAACGCUUCCUUCCCAGUCGUUUAUCCCAAUCAGGAGGACUGUCUUCAUGUAAAAAGCCCCUCAGGUUUUUGUUUUUUUUGUUUGGUUUCUUUUCGUUCUUUUCUUCUUCUAUUCUUUCCUCGACCCUUUAUGUUCGCAAAGGACUCAGUGCAACUUGAAUACUAUUUGAUGAAUAUGGAUAAAACGGAUAUGGAUAUUUCUUUCUUUUAUUCGCACCAGUAAGGUUUCCGGCACCCUCUCUCAGCAGUCUCAGUAGUCAGGAGCAUUUUUUAUCUCCAUGCUGAAAGUUACGAGAAUUCUUCUCCCGACCCGGAGGAGGCUUCAUCAGUGGCCUUGACAUGUACUUGAAGUCUUGAAGUUACCACAGCUUCUCGUGAAGUAACAGAUUGUUCUUAAUUUUUUUCUUCUUCUUCUUCUCCAGCUUUUAAUAAAAUUCAUAUAAAAACAAAACAUGUUACAACACUUUUUUUUUCCCGUAAUUUAUUUUCCCCUAAUUAUUGUUUUUUUUUUUUUUUAUUCUAUUUCUCCAAACUGGUUGACCACGACGACGAUGACUAUUGACUUCUUGUUUUUCAUGAUGUGGUUAUAUACGAUUAUUACGAGGCUUAUUUUAAGCUCUGAUGUUUAAACUUCAUCCUGUUUUUUUAUUGUUAUUAAGAAGAAUCAUGUUUUUUUCUGAGAUUAAAUUAGGCUAUGAUGAAACGAGUGCAUUCUCUCUCUCUCUCUCUCUCUCUCAGUUCUAUGUAAAGAUAUUUUUGUAAUUCUGUGUAAAAUUGGGGUGUGAAUUACUAUUACUACUAUUACUAUUAUUUGUUGAGGCUUGUAAAUUGGGAUUUGUUUACCAUCCUGUAAAUUGCAUGGGCAAUCUUUGAGCGCUAUGUCGACGUUUCACUCUUUCUGCUCUUAAUGACAUGCGGGAGACCCUAUGAGUCGAGUUUAGUAUGAUUUAUUAUUUACAUACGCAAUUUUAAGCAUUUUUUUUGUUAAGGGUUUUUUUGCAUUGAAUUUUGAUGUCUGGCGUAUUACUGUUUAGUCUGUUUCCUUUCUUUUAGGAUGCAGAUGUACUUGCUGUUUGGCCACGCGUUUGCUUAAACAGCUGGCUGUGAACAUUGUGAACGUACAUCGUAACUUACCUUAGAAAUGCAUAGCUUUCUUUAAAACUUCUUUCCUUCACAUUGAGUUCUGCAAUGCCCCCUAGCGCUUUUGCAAGCGCACAGUGCACUUUGCAGGUGUAUUUCACUCAUUUCUAAAGGUGUGCGCAACCAGAAUUAGGAUGCACAAGGCAGUGUGUAGCUAACAGCAAGUAAAUCUCCAGCUUUUCCCGUCUACGAACAAGCUCGUCACUUUGUUUGUUUUUUGAUUCCUUUAUAAGCCAAAGACGAAGAUGGUAGGCAUGGCAGCGAAGAUCCGUUAAAAAAAUUAGUUACGAAGAUUAGUGAAGAUCGAUCUCGAGUGCUCUUAAUGUGCUUAAUGUUUUGAGUGCACUUGUUUGAAAAGUAGUGGGAGAUUAAUAAGAUGCUCCCUACACAGCUCAGUCCGGGUUCAGUACAGUUUAAAAAGACUUCAGAAAUAGGCCGCGUCCCAAUUGCGUACUAUAUGCUAAUACUAUACUAUAAUGUAUAGAGUGCAUGUACUAAUAUUAAUAGUUAAAUUUAAUGAAAAAAAAAAUCUCAUUUUGCAUUGCAUUGUGGGAUAAUAGUUAAUAAUCGCAGUAUUGUCUGAGUAUGUAUCAAGUAUAUUUGGAUAUAUUCACCCUAAAAUCCUGCCGACUACGCAAAGCUAAAAUCUGGUUUUAAUGACCAGGUUUAAGAACUUCAACACACUUUAUACUCAAAUUUGUAAGUAUUAGUAAUUUUAACGCAAUUGGGAUGCACCCAUAGUGCCACAUAGCCGUGCAUUUGAGCUUUUUCUUUUCUUUUAUUUCUCUUCUUUUUUUCCCUUUCUUUUUUUAAAGAUCGUAUCAGACCCCUGUUCUGGGUUUCGGUCCAUCAUCCCACUCCCCCUCUGCUGGUCGUUAUUCACCACUGUCUCUUUCCGCCCUCCCAAAAGCAUAAUACAGCUUCGAUCCCCGAGCGAGAAACCUUUCUUUUUCUUUUCUGUACUUCCUCCCCUUCUUUUUUUUUUGAAAUAUAAUAGUUGAAUGUUUUUGAUUUUGAUUUUGAUUUUUUUUUUGACUUGCCACUCAGUUCAGACUUGUAGUUUUGGACUAAUGAAUCAGACAGUCUGCUUUCUAUAACGUUUUGAAUUUGUAUUUUGUAAAAAGCUGAAGAAAUGUACUGUCGUUCAUCUCGAUUCCUGAGUUUGAGAUUCUUUUCUUUUCUUUUUUUUCUUUUUUUGGUCCUGUCUCAUUCCAUUUUCUCCUAGGCCUCUUUGGAGGGACCCUUUUUUGAAAAUUCGUUAUUUUCUUUUCUUUAUUUUUUUGUUCUUUUCUCUUUUUUUUGGAUUCCAUGUGUAAAUAACUUGAUAGCCAUUAAUGAUAACCAUUAAAAUACUGUUCCAGUAUUCCAAGACUGAUGAGUAAAA